GCAUUUUCCUGUCAAUGUCAAUAACGUCAAUUGUCAAUAUGUGCCAAACGCAUUAUAGGUUAUGUUUAUGCUUCUUCAAAAAUCAAACAAUUUUCGGUUUCAAAUGAAUUAAACAAAUAUUAAGAAUUAUCUUAACUACCUAUAAAGAUGAUUUUCCUCAAACCGGCUUGGAUAAAUCAUGAUGACAAUAAACCCAUUUUUUCCAUCGAUAUUCACCCAAAUGGUGGUAGAUUUGCAACUGGAGGCCAAGGUGGAUCAGGAGGAAGAAUAGUCAUUUGGAAUAUCGGUCCGAUACUAGAUGAGAAUGAAGAAAUUAAUUCUAAGAUUCCAAAAAUGUUAUGUCAAAUGGAUAACCACUUGGCCUGCGUAAAUGUAGUCAGAUGGAGCAAUGGAGGUCAUCUUCUAGCAUCUGGUUCAGAUGAUAAACUAGUCAUGAUAUGGAGGUUAACUAAUGAAGGCAGUUCUUCAAUUUUUGGUAGUGGUCAUGUCAAUGUAGAGACCUGGAAAUGUGUUUACACCCUUAACUCGCAUAAUGGUGACGUAUUAGACCUUGCGUGGGCUCCCCAUGAUGGUUGGUUAGCCUCAAGCAGUGUUGAUAAUACAGUUAUUAUUUGGAAUGCACAAAAAUUUCCUGAGAAGGUUGCUGUCCUAAAAAACCAUACUGGAAUGGUCAAGGGUGUAACUUGGGAUCCAGUAGAUAAAUACAUUGCCAGUCAAUCUGAUGACAAAUCCUUAAGAAUAUGGCGUACUUCAGAUUGGACACAACAAGAAGUGGUUACUGAACCUUUUACUGAGUGUUCAGCUACUACUCAUGUUCUGAGGUUGGCAUGGUCACCUGAUGGUCAAUAUUUGGUAUCAGCACAUGCCAUGAAUGGAGGGGGACCUACUGCUCAAAUUAUAGAAAGAGAGGGAUGGCGACAAGAUAAAGAUUUCGUAGGACAUAGGAAAGCUGUAACUUGUGUGAGAUUCAACUCGAACAUCCUUAAAAAACAAGAAGGUGACAAUGCAAAACCAACACAGUAUUGUUGCUGUGCUGUUGGAUCCAGGGACAGAUCGAUAUCUGUCUGGUUAACAUCACUGAAGAGGCCUCUAGUUGUGAUUAAAGACCUUUUUGACGACAGUGUUUUAGAUAUGUCUUGGAGUAGCAAUGGUUUGUAUUUAAUGGCAUGCUCUUGGGACGGGACUGUAGCUUGUGUAAUAUUUACCCAAGCUGAAAUUGGUACUCCAUUAACUAUGGAAGAAAAGAAUGAAUUAUAUGAAAAAAUGUACCACAAGUCAUUCCAAAAGAAUUGGAAUCUUAGCUUCGCUGGUUCCCAAAUCGUUGAGAAUCCAGAACUGUUGGGGGUUCUUGAUGAAAUCAACUCAAAACCAGAAAAUGCCCACAUUUCUAUCGAAAUUCAAGAUCCACCCCAGCCAGCGACUCCUCAAAAAGACGUACCUAUUUCCUUCGAAUCUCCAAAAUUGAAUCAAAGUAUUUUGGUACCUCAGAAUAAGCAGCUUGAAACUAGAUUACCAUCAGGUAAAAGAAGAAUAACACCAAUGUUGCUUACUGCAGUUAAGGAUGGUGCAAGUAAUAUUAGUGAAAAAACGGAUUCUCUAAUACCUAUACCAUCACAAACAUCUUUUAGUAAAUCAUCUCCUACAAAGAGCCAAAUUAUUGUAGAGACUGUAAAACCCCAAGAUGUGCCAAAACUUCAGUUACCAAAUAGUAGUCAAACAAAAUUCCAAUCAAAUAAUCUGGUCAGUAAAGUCAUGGCUCCGCCUACUGUCCAAAUAAAUCAAUUAAUGUGCUGUGAAGUACCUGGUGAUGAACCUAUAGUCAAGUUUAUAAAUAUUUUGGAUCCCCUAAAAUUGCCUCCUGGUGUUUCUGUAACAAAAGACUGUGGUAUAAUAAAAUUACAAAUUACAAAUAAUUGCCAUAAAACUCCAAAAGGCUCUCUAUCCAAAAUCGAAGCUUUCAAAAAUAUGACUGACAAAGAACUUAAAUGGGAUACAUAUCUAGGUUCAUCGAUCCGGUGUCUGGCAGCCAACAGAAAACUAAUUGUAGUUUGUUGUGAAGACUUAACGAUAAAUUGUUAUGACAUUAAAUCAGGAGCUAGACCUCUACCGCCUAUCUUGAUAGAAGAUUUGGUUUCAUCAAUAAGUAUGACUCAAGAAGGGCAUUGUUUGGUUUUAACUAAAACAGGUCUUAUACACAUGUGGGAUUUGGAGAACAAUAAAAACAUUUUCUCCAGAAUUUCUGUGAGAAGUCUUUUAAGUGGAAAAGGUUCAGUCAACGGCUGUAGUUUAGGCCCUUCCAAUCAACCUGUGAUAACAUUGACUGAUGGACGAGCAUAUGCCUACAGUUUAGAUUUACUUACAUGGGUACAGUUAUCAAAUCCUCUUGACCCAGUUUGUGCAACAGGAAGUCACCUUACAAAAAAACUACCACAGACGUUACCUUUGGCGUCGAUGCAAAAAUAUAUGCGUUCCCAAAGAAGUAUAGACACUUUACCACCUGGCGUUACUUUAAGCUUCUUAGAAUCUCAAAUUAUGGCAACCGGUGUACUAGAAUCGAGUGCAGAGUAUAAACAUUGGCUUUUUGCUACUGUUAACCAUUUAUUAGAAAAAGGUCCUGAAUGUCGACUGCGAAUUAUAAUAGAUGAUCUAAUGGGACCCACCCAUAAAAGUUCAAAGAAACCAAAAGUUGAAAAAGUUUUGGGUUUAACAAAGCUGAACUUACUUAAGGAUAUAUUAGGAAUCAUAAAAACAAAACUUCCGUGGCAAAGACUUUACAAGGAAUACAGUGAACAGCUAUUAGAACUAGAAAGUCACUCGCAGUAAAGAGUACUAUUUUUGUGAUAUUAAGCAUAAUUUUAACUUUAAGUAUGUGUACAAUACAAGUAAAACUGAUUUUUAAAACAUUUGUCUUAAGUUUAAUACCUUUUUCUAAAAAGCAGUUGUGUAGUUUUUAAUCAUUAUCCUACAAAAUUAAAUCU